UAUAACACACGCGUUGUUGACAUUUGAGACGAUGAAGUUUGGAAAGAAGCUACAAGAUACCGUAGAAACUGCAAACAAGGAUUGGAGGCCAUACUUUAUUGACUAUAAAGGUUUGAAAAAGUUGAUAUCCUCAACACUCGUAGAGCACAAGAGUAAGGAAUUAAACUGCUUGAAUGGCGAGCAAGUAUUUCCUUCUUCGGGAGAACAGCCAUGUUUGUCGGAGAAUAGAGACAAAACUCGAGCAUAUCAAGCAACGGAAACAGAACAGGAGACAACUUUAUUUGUAACAUUGAAGAGGAAAAAUAAGAGCGACGAGGAAAGCAAGAGCAUCAAGAAGCUCAAAGUGGCCAUUCGUUCUUGCCUUAUCUCUUUCUUCACGGCGCUCAAGCAAGAGUUGGAUAAGGUUAACGACUUUUAUCUGGAUAAAGAAGAAGAACUUAUCAUAUCUCAUCACAUGUUGAAAGCUUAUGUAGCAGAAUAUGUAAGUCUCAUCACAAAAUAUCAUUUAAGAUUUGACUCUGCAAAGGAAUCAGAUAAAUUUUUUUGUUUUAUUCUGCUGAAUAUUGUUUGCGAGUUGACGACAAUUUUAUUCUUUGUAGAGCAACUUGGAUAAAUCAGCGUUUCUCUUCUUUUUCAAGCUUGACUUGCCCCUAGUAGAAAUGAACAUUCCUUCUAUUGAUAGACUCGUGUUUUAUACGAAACGUUGAGUUGUCUUUGAUUCUCGUCACAAAUAUCCAAAAGGAAGCCUCUACUAAUGUACCCAUCAGGUUAUACUUCGCAAGAGUCUUCUUUCAAGUGCCUAACGCAAGGAACUUUUGUAUAGUGACUCACUUAUUCAAUGAUCUGAUGGUUGAGAAUGGAAGAAGAAUAGGACUCAACUGGACAAAUCGUUCUUUGAAUUUGCAGAGCUUUUAAAAGUUUUACUUUUUUAUAUUGGAAGAGAUAGUAGCCCUCUUGGAGUUAUAUCGUUCCUAAAGCAUCUUUGUAUUCUUUAUAGUUUGCUUUCUUAUAUAUGUUCACAAUUUGUGGUUUUUACAAAGUUCAAAGUUGAUGGUACAAGAGAAGGCAGUGAAAACCUUUAAACCUAAACAGUCAUGUUUACCUUCAAAAACACCUCAACUGUAUAGUCGACUAUUGAGGAGAAGGAAUUCAACUAUGAUUCAAAUGUUAUGCAAUGACAAGAUACGAGAAAAGAAUCGAUAGAAUAGACUCAAUUCGAUUGAAUUGAAUUU